AUGCGCCUAACUUCAGGCGUCCUCUUGGCCAGCGCCUCCAGUGCGUUUGGCCAGUUUACAAGGUUCACCAACUCCAGUACCUCUGCUGUUGAGAGCUCCACCUCUUCUACUUCUUCGAUCCCUACUACUGCUACCAUUACUGGGACCACCAACCUCCUUUCGAGCUCUAGCAGCACUGAGAGCACCAACAUCAUCGACAGCAUCAGCAGCUUCGAGACCACCAGAAGUAUCGAGACCGCCAGCAGCAUUGAGACCAGCACCACUACUUCCGCAUCAAGCGUUGCAUCAUUUGAACUCGAUCUGCGAAGCGCCGUAUUGGGCCCAGGUGCUUCGUUUUACCCGCCACCUGAUGGCGCAAGCAUCCUUAUGUCUCCCGUGGCCGCUGUCUCUACCCUCGAUCGCCGCCAGAUCCCUAAGCCCAUCAACUGGCCUUUCUCAGUCACAACUGAUUACAAUACUUCCUACGUCGAUUUUAAAACUAAGUUUGUUCCCGCGGUGGCUUCUGCUUUGGGCAUUGGAGUUCCGCGUAUUGCUGUCGCAAAUAUCAUAUCCGUCACCGGAGGACGCAGAAAGCGGGCUGAGUCUGUUCCUUGUGUUUUUGAAAUUUUCGCCGAUGGUGAGGUUGUCCUUGCUGUCCCAAUAACUGGGAGCUCUGGCAAUUCGAUAAUAUCUACCAACCCUCUACCCCCGAAGGACGAAUUUGAUUUUGUAUUUCGACAAUCUUGUAACGGUGAAAAUGUCGAAUUACUCCUUGAGGGACUCGCUGUCAAGAAUGGUCAGGGUGCAGUCUCAACCCCCAUCCCUUCGAUUAGCCUUGGCACCCCUACUGGUACUUCCGCAACCAACAGCGUUGAAUUUACGACCAACUCCGAGGGAGAGACCAUCUUUCCUACUGAAACCACCCCUGCCACCAGCAGUGAGGCUGCUACUACACCCUCAGGUGGAGAAACUGCCUCAACUACUGGGGCUGCUGCUACUGGUACCAACAGUGAAGGCUUUACCACCAAUUCUCAAGGCGAGACUAUCUUCUUUACUGAGACUGCCACCGAGGUCAGCAGUGCAGAUGGUUCUACCAACUCGCAGGGCGGAACUGCAGGAACGGCUACUAGUACCUCUCCUUCUGCAACUGCUACCUUGCCAGGUGGCUUUCCUGGCGAGGUCGGCGAUUUUACUCUCUUUGGAUGUGUUGCCUCUACUGCUGGCUUCCCUACCUUUACGCUCGCUCAAUCUAACCCUAAGAUGGGCCUGGAUAUUUGUGCUACUCUCUGUUCCGGGCGGAGUUACUUUGGCGUAUAUGAUACUGCUUGUUACUGUGGUGAUGAGGUUGGUUCUGCUACCAGACGGGUCCCCCUCGACCAGUGUGAUAUCGAGUGCCCUGGAGACAACACCCAGUUCUGUGGAGGUGAAUCUGACUCCAAGCUUCGGAUUCGCCAAGAUAUAUCUAGCAAUGUUCUUCUCACCGUCUACGUUGCCCUCGAGGCUGGAGUCACUCUUACCGAGUCUGCCACCCAAACUGUGACAGAUCGGAGGACCGUUGUCACUACUUUCACCACCACUGUCACCAAUGCUGGAGCUUCAAGCAUAGCUACCGAGGUCAUCACCGCCACUCUGGUAUGCUCUGCUGGAAAGUGCCAUUCGACUAACUCUGCUACUGUCUACGUCUUUGUCGAAAUCAACGGCAGUGAGUGCGAUGGCCAAUUGGUCUAUGUCUCUGAACCGUGCUCCUGUGCUGGUGGUAAGAGGUAUAUCCCUAAAUUCUGUUCUGCAGGCAGCUGUGACAGCAUCACGGUUUACAAACCCCAGCAAUGCCCUGACUGGUAUAACUAUAACUCGUUCUUUGUACCGACGGAUACAGGCUGCAGCACUUGCCCCAGUGGUAAGGUUGUAUAUCAGCCAUGGGAAGAAUCUUGGGGUACCCCUGAUAAUUGCAAUGAUGCGGUACCUAGUUGUGGCGGAUACGACUGUCCCUCACAGCACAAUGUUGUUAGGCCUCAUCAGGGUGUGAACUGGAAUGCGACUACUCCUCACGGUGCCUCUGGCGGAGGUUCCAAGUCUAGUUCUAAUAACGGCGACAACGGCAGCUCCCAGAGUGGUUCCAGUUCUGGUUCUAACAACGGAAAUUCCAGUCCUGGAUCUAACGGAGAGUCUGGUGGUGUAUCUGACACUAGCCCCAAUGGCACCCCCAACGGUGGCUCAAACGCCGGUUCCGGUUCUGGUACACAGGGAGAAUCUCAGAGCUCUAAUGUUCCUGGCUCCAAGGGAUCUUACCCUAGUACUGUUCCUGUUGUUAGUAGUGCUAGUACUCAUGUCUCUAGGAUGAUUUCUCUUCUUGCUGCGCUUGCAGCCCUUCUCUAG